AUUGAUCGCGAGAUUAUGAAUCAACGAGGAAUCAACAUAUAGCAUAUAUUUUAGGGGGAAAUUAGCAAUGUUGUCUGCAGUAGAUGCAACAGAUAUUGGAUCAUGCUCUAAGCGGAAGAUUAUCAUAACUCUUAUUGACAUAUGCAUUGUUGGAUUAGCUGCAGUACCAUUGUUGAUAUUUAAAGUAUCAGUGACUCCAUAUACUAGAGGAUUUUACUGUAAUGAUGACAGCAUCAAAUAUCCUUACAAGUCAUCCACAAUAACAUCAACAGCCCUCUACACCAUAGGCUUUGUCAUCAAUAUUGUGUUGAUUCUCCUUUUUGAAUUCAUUCGUUACCAAUUUGGCAGCAGCUAUAGAGCCACCAAUGGAGGCCCUGCAGCAGAGAGCACCACAAGCUAUACUGACAGCACUAUACAAACAGGAAGGUCAACCAGACGAAAAAUCUUCCAGUAUUUCUACAAUGUUUACAGGGUGCUCCUUCCUUUUGUAUUUGGUGCGGUGGUGGAACACCUGACGACAGACAUUGGAAAAUACAGUAUUGGUCGACUUCGUCCUCACUUUCUGUCCGUGUGUCAGCCAGAUCCCGCUAAGUACAACUGUGUGACAGGGUACAUCACUGAUGAUGUCUGUACCGGGGAUCAGUCUCUCAUCAGAGAAGCAAGACUUUCUUUUCCAUCUGGACAUGCAUCAUUUUCUACCUAUACAAUGAUUUUUGCCAUGUUGUAUGUCCAAGCCCGCUUAAGAUGGAGAAUUGUUUAUCUGUUGCGUCCUUUGAUCCAGUUGAUCUUGUUCUACCUUGCGUUUUAUACCUGCCUGUCUCGGGUGUCUGACUACAAACACCAUUGGAGUGACGUGUUGGCGGGAGCCAUUAUAGGGGUAGUCACAGCAAUCCUAGUGGUUUUUAAAGUGUCCAACUUAUUUGAGAUUGAACCUAAGGAUGUCAACUCAGGCACUCCUGUUAUUCAAAACAUGGUGGUCCAAACGCCAGAGCACAGAACCAUGGGCCUGCAACAUUUUACAGAAACAGUCGGUCCAGGACCAAAGGGGAAGCAACACAACACCCACAUAAUGACCAAGGGAUACAGCAACUCUCAGUUUGUUCCUGAUGAAUAUGAUGAUAGAUAUUACGUACCAAAGGCCAGGCAUAGAAAUGGUGUAGCACAGAGUUACCGUGAAAAUGAGGUGGGCGUCAGGGCAGAAGGGAGGAUAGCUACACAGGUCUAUUACAUCGAUGCAGGGUCCAGUCACCAUUCAGACAGUGAAGGGAAUGCAACAUUUUCUAAAAUGACAACUCAGUUAUAAAACAUUAUUAUUGAUCAAAAUGUCACAAAAUUAUUUUCUAGUCUUGUACAUUCUAAUAUUUUUAUUCAAUGCCAAAGAGUUUAAGAGUAUUCUACCAUACAUCUAUAUCAGUCAAACUAUCAUUAUACCAUAUCAUCAUGAAUAAUCAACAUCAAAUGCAGGAAUUUUUAAUAUGAAAAAUUUACUUCUAAAAAUAUUAUUAUCCUGAAGAUAUAUUUCAUAACUUGUUUUACACCAUGACAACUAUAUUUUUUCAUAACAAGCAGCAUGGAGAUGUGUGUAAUACAUGUAUAAUGCAGCUCAGGUUUUGUUUUUUAACAUUUUAAAAUAUUUUUCUUUUUCAAUGAAAGAAAAAAUAUAUUAUUGCUAAAUACCCAAUGCCUUCCUCUCUCCUAGUGCAAGGAGUAGAGAAAUCUAGAUCAUCACAAAAAAUAAGUAUGCUGCCGAGUAGAAAUCAUAAUUACAUGUACUGGGUAAUUGUCGAUAGUGCUCCAGACAUCUUCAAAGUCCAAGAGAUGUUUUUUUUCUGUUGAACCAAUUAGCUAUCUUUAUUGCUAUGAAAUGUUUUGUUGUUUAUGUGUAUAAGUUUGAAGAUUUUUAUGUUAUUGUAGAAAAUCAUAAUCUACUAAUUGAUGUUUACGUUGUGCUGUAUAUUAUGAGACAAAGUAGUCCAGAUUUAAAAUCUGGACUGUUCUGUCUCAUUUUUAUACCUUACCCAGACUCUAUAAUUUAUUCAGAUCUUUUGUUAUGUUUGCCCUUCUUAUUUAUCCAUUCCAUUCAAAAGGUAAUGGUAAUGAUAAAAUUAUCAUGAAAAAAAAUGAAAAUUCCAAUUAAAAAUUGAAUUGAAAGUGUACACUAAACGAAAAUGCAAUUUGAAUGAGAUAUUGCAAUGUGCAACUAUAAAAUUAAGUGGUAUGUUUUAUGUAGCUUUGUAUUGAAUUUUUUCCUUCCAUAGUUCAUGGGUAUCUUUCUCAAUUUUUAACUAACAUUGCAACAUUGUUCCAUAUUUUCUUAGAAAUUAAUAAUAAUCUUUAUUCAGGUAUAGGCAUUAUGCAAUGUACAUGGACAUUGAGGUGUGAGUAUUAUACACAUUUAAAACUUUUAAAUAGACAUGAUUUAAGAGAUGAAUUUUAAAACAUAUUAACUAAUAAAUCAUAUUUUGCAUAUAAAUCAAAUAAAUAUAUUAUUAUAUUGUAUAUGCCUAAACCCAAGGAUAACCCAUGAAAGCCAGUAUGGCUUAUUUCCAAUGGGGUCCUUUUACAUGGAACAAAAUUACUGGCAUAUGACAUAUAUAUACUUAAUAUAAACAAAUAAUAUACUUACUAUAAACAAGAUGGCUUAAAAUUCAAUUUUCAACACUUAAUAAAAUGACUCAAACCAGAAAUUAAAAAAUGUAGAUCUUUGAAGGAAUUUAUUUUGUGUUUGAAGAUUAUAAGGGUAUAUAUGAUUUUAGGGAGUACAUUCCAAAGUAUUGAUUUGAGAAUAGAUGUAAUUUUUUCCAAACAUGUGUAAUAUUGUAACUUAUCUUCAAUCCUUAUUACCUAUAUUUAUGUACAUAACUUACAUGUAUAGUUCUACAUGACCCACCGUCAGAAC